UUCACUGUCCUCUGAUUCCAGAGGUGCUUCCAGGAUACCCCGAGGCCUCCCACCCCGCCCCCUCCCUCUCCCUGGAGCCACCAGGGGGGGCUGGGCUGGGAACUCACCAUGGGAAGCACCGACUCAGUACAAACCACAGUGGGUAAACGAUUACGGGUGCGAUUGCAGCCCGAGUUCCACUUCCCCAGCGCUUUAACGGUGAAGCAGAGCUGUGUGAGGGCAGAGGGGAGGGGAGGAGAGGAAAGGAGAGGGUGCCCAGACACUCAGAGAGGCAGAAGCAGGGUCCGGAGCAGGACGCCGCGGGCAGGAGCAGCAAUGGGGGACGCCUUCAUCCGGCACAUCGAGCUACUGGGCUACGAGAAAAGGUUUUUCCCCAGCCAGCACUAUGUCUACAUGUUCCUGGUGAAGUGGAAUGACCUAUCCGAAAAGGUCGUCUACCGCCGCUUUACUGAGAUAUACGAGUUCCACGUGAGUCCUUGCAGGACAGGCACUGUCCCCUGGCCCAGCACACCAGGGCUCAAGAAAGUCCUGAAGGAGAUGUUCCCCAUUGAAUCCGGGGACAUCAACUCAGAGAACCGGAUCAUCCCACACUUGCCAGCCCCAAAGUGGUUUGAUGGGCAGCGCUCGACUGAGAACAGGCAGGGCACGCUGGCCGAGUACUGCUACACACUGGUCAACCUGCCCCACAAGAUCUCUCGGUGCCUGCAUGUGGUCAGCUUCUUCAAGGUCCGUCAUGAUGACAUGAACCCUGUCACGGACAGCCAGAUCAAGAAGCCUGAGGUCUUCCUCCUGCCAAAGGAUUCCAAGCAAAGCCUCACUGACAUCACAGGCCCCAUCAUCCUGCAAACCUAUCGAGCCAUUGCUGACUAUGAGAAGAGCUCCACGUCCGAGAUGGCUCUAAAAGCUGGGGACAUGGUGGAUGUCGUGGAGAAGAGCGAGAAUGGCUGGUGGUUUUGCCAGUUGAAGAAUAAACGGGGCUGGGUGCCUGCUGCCUAUCUGGAGCCGAUGGAUGGUCCUGAUGAGUCUGAAGAGCAGGAGCCCAACUAUGCAGGUGAGUCGUAUGUGGUCCAGAAAAGCUACACAGCUGUGGAAGAGGACGAGCUGACCCUCAAGGAGGGUGAUACGAUCGAAGUCAUCCACAAGCUCCUUGAUGGCUGGUGGGUCAUCAGGAAGGAUGAAACCACGGGUUAUUACCCCUCCAUGUACCUGCAGAAAGCUGGAGAGGUAAACUCUGUGAAGAGUGAACUGAGGAACCGGAGUGCUCCUCCACGGAGAUCCACCAUCCGAAACGCGAAGAGCAUCCAUAAGCAGGGCCGAAAGCAGAUCAGCCAGGAGACUUACAGGAGGAACAGCAAGAAGUACAUCCAGAGCCAGUGGAACAUGCAGGGAAAUUCCCAGAACAAGGCCAAUGUCAUCAUUGAGAAAAAUGAGCCACAGGACAACAAGGCCAAGGCUCAACCUGCUGUUCCUCCUCGUCCCAGCAAAGAUCUCAUCUUGAAUCGCUGCACUGAGAGGACCCGGAGGAAGAUCCUGUGAGGAUCCUCUGAGCCCCCACACCAGACACCCACUGCUUCAUCUCCUCCAGCCCCUGCACAGCCAGGGCUUGGAGCCAGACCAGGGAUCCAUGUGGUUCUGGCAGCCACCACAGGCCACAGGGGGCUGCUGGGCAAAUCGGCACAGACCUGUGCCCGCCCUCAUCCUCCAUCAUGGCCAGCCCAAGGUGUCCUGGUGGCAUCGUGAGGAGGGACCGGCCCUGCUCCACCAGCUCCAAGGGGCUGAGACCUCACAGCCACCAGGACCCCUCAUCUCUAGAUCCCCUUUUAUCACCUCUUUGUGUUUUGAAUGAUUUUGUGGUUUUCAUCAAUAAAGGAGAGACACUUGAUAGA